GGCAGUUGGUCUUCGCCGCUUCGGUCGCGAUAUUUCUGUAUCUUUUCUCCCAGCUUCCUCUCUGUCCACCGCCGACAGCCUCGGGUGUCUUAUGCUUGCCCUAUUCUGGAUGCAAAAGUUCAACGAGAAGGGCGUGUUGUGUGCUUGAAUGUAUGUUAUGCUUAUUGCAAGAUUAAGCGUCAGGAGAUGAUUGUCGACGAUAAGACAGAAUAUUGUGUGAAAGCUUUGAUCAUCCUUGCUUUUCAAGGUGGUUUCGGUCCGAGUUUCGGAUUAUUUUCCGGGAUGAUCCCAGACCGUGUACCGGCUAUGCAAAUUCCCAUCACGGACCGAAGUUUCGGACCAUCCGAGAUACCAUUGGACGACACUAUGGCAGCUACGGAGGUCGACAGCAAAGUCAAGACUAAAUUGCUCUCCAUGUGGAACAAUGUUAAAUAUGGGUGGACUGUGAAGAUAAAGACAAACUUCUCUAAGGAAUCUCCAGUAUGGUUACUGGGUCAAUGUUAUCUGAAAAAAUCGGAGGAUCCUUUGGAAAGGGCGUCGGAAGCUCUAGAGCCAGUUGGAACAGGGAGUCAGGUUUCCUUGGCGAUGGACGCCACCAAUUUCGAGAACACGAUAGAGGAAUUUAAGAGAGACUUUGUAUCGCGUAUCUGGUUAACGUACAGGCGAGAAUUUCAGAUAUUGAAUGGCUCCACUUUCACCACAGACUGCGGCUGGGGCUGCAUGUUGCGCAGUGGACAAAUGAUGCUAGCGCAAGCGUUGGUUUGUCAUUUCCUCGGACGAGAAUGGAGAUGGCGGCCGGAACAACCGAUCGAGACUCUUCAACAGAGGCUGGACGACCGCAAUCAUCGAAUGAUUAUCAAAUGGUUCGGCGAUCAAUCAGAAUCUCCGUUUUCCAUACAUAGGCUGGUACUAUUGGGUGCCUCUGCGGGAAAACGCGCGGGUGACUGGUAUGGCCCUUCCUCGGUCGCGCAUCUCUUGAGUCAAGCUGUGGAAUGCGCCAGCAAGCAAUCCAAUAGCAACUUCGAUCACUUGGCGGUAUACGUUGCUCAGGAUUGUGCAGUGUAUCUACAAGACGUCGAGAAUAUUUGUCGCACUCCUGAUGGUAAAUGGAAGGCGCUGGUGCUAUUGGUGCCUCUACGACUUGGCGCUGACAAGUUGAAUCCCGUCUACGCACCCUGUCUAACAUCGUUGCUAACCUUGGAUACGUGCAUCGGCGUGAUUGGCGGUAGACCGCGACACUCGCUCUAUUUUAUUGGCUAUCAGGACGAUAAAUUGAUUCAUUUAGAUCCGCAUUAUUGUCAGGAGACCGUAGAUGUGUGGAAAAAUGAUUUUUCAUUGACAAGCUUCCAUUGCACGUCGCCAAGAAAGAUGUUGCUCUCAAAAAUGGAUCCUAGUUGUUGCGUAGGCUUCUACUUUCCCAAUAAGGAGGCGCUCACCGACUUUAUGGAAACGAUUCAACGAUUUGUGAUACCGAAUCAGAAGACGAACUAUCCAAUGUUUCUGUUCUGCGAGGGAAGCGGCAAGGAUCUCCAGCAUGGUAUCGAGGUCGUGGAAGGUCUCUUGCCGUCAACGAGUCCAUUCGUCGAUCGCGAAACACUGGAGGACGAUUUGUAUGAGUCUGAAGAAUUUGAGUUGUUACAAUAAGAUAAAAGAAGGGAGCGAAAGAGAACAAACAAAUGAUAUUUAAACAAAUAUCGAGGAUACUUUCGCGAAAAUAUCUUUAUUCAUAAGCGUCCAAUAUUUCUUCGCAACGAUGCUCUUUAUAUCCGCUCCUCUAUAGCGAAAAUGUAAGAAAACAUCAUAGUAAGCGCGAGUCGAAUAUAUUAUGUCGGAAAGGUAUGCGAAGAACAGCGCAUCUCCAGGAUCUCAAUGCGUGUUUGAAGAUAAAAUUCUAGUUUCACGCAAUGACCAGCUGUUGUUAUUUACGAGAUAAAAAAGAAAGAGCAAGAUAUUAUUCCCGACGAUGAUUCUAGUACAACUUAAUCGAUUAAGCUGACUGUAUAUUUUUUCGAUCAUAUAAUAUGUAUAUAUUAUGCGCAAUGAGAAUGCACAAUUUUUCUCAUCCGAUUAUACACAAUGUCGAAAUUCUCAUUCAUCAUUUUAUUACUCCUUAGUAAUAAUUAACUUGAUAUAACUUAAUAUCGCAUAAUAAUUCAUUAAUAAUCAUAUUUAUUUAUUUCGCAUUGCAUAAUUUCGUGUUAAGCACGACGUUCGUAGAUCAUAACUCCUUGAUUGUAUAUUGAAACAGUUUUGCGACGAUGGACAUCACAAAUUGUAUUUAAUUUAAAUCGAACACAUUUUGUGAUAUUUAAGUUUAACAAGUGAUAACAAGUUUUUACUAAAUUGUUUCUAAAAUAUAUGGAACGAAAAUCCCACGCGGAUAUUUAAAUGUGACAAUUCUCACAAGUCUGAUUUACUUAAAGGAAAAUAUAAUAAUGCAUUAAUUAUUUAGUUAAUUUAUUUUUACGACUGAAUAAGUCCUGAGUAAUUUUUGCUUUGAGAAAGGAAUAACGAGGGAUUCGUUAGUAAUGUGAAUACAUACAGGGUGAAGCAGCUAAUAGUGUACGCCUAAAUAUCCGUCUAAGAAAGAUCUGACACAUCUGUAUCUAUUUAUAUAUCUAUAAAUAAAAGAAUUGAAAUUUAAAAAUACAUACUUAACGAGAUCUCGAUGAAAUUUUUGAAAUUUCAAACAUUUUAACUCUGGGCGAAUUUUUUCCUUGUUACUAUGUAAUCCUAUCUUUAAAUAUUAUUUUAUCUUUAAAAAUAUUCCCGCAAAUUUUCGAUAGCGUGACAAAAAUAUUCAAAGUAGAAGAGAAUAGAAUAGGAUAGAAUAGAAAAUUAUUAAUUUUUCGUGCUCCGAAAUUAUUCAAGGAUUAAAAGGAAAAGAAAAGUAAGCAGAAUAUAUUCAAGUGU